AUGAGUAUCUCAUGUAACAAUUGGAGCUUUUCAUUUUAUGAGGAGAGCUUUGAUGACACUUACCAGUCUACGGAUGAAGAGUAUCACGAGGAUGUUAGCAAAACUUCAAUCUUGCCUGAAGAGAGUAUACUGGAAAUGCCUGGGAAAGAGAGCGGGGUACCAAUUAAUGUUUACAAUCCUUUUCUUUUGACUAAAAUAAGCUAUUUCAAAAGGAGAUCAUCGAAGGUUAAGCUAAGAGUGUACGAUAAGAAGGUGGUUGUCCCAAGAGACAAAGUGCUCAAGAGAGUUCACCCAAUGUCACAAAAGAACAAAGAUGUGUUGUUCUGGAAAAGCACAGCUCUUUUGAACAGUAGGAAAGGAAGUCCUACGGAGAAAUUGCUUUCCACUUUCGCUUCAAUGGUUGGUUGCAACCCCAACAAAGUGACGAAGGUAAAAGAACUGGGCAAUAGUUGGUUCACCAUAGGCGUGUAA